GUUGUGGUAUCACCUACCCUAGUGAAGGGAAUAUGUGAGGUUCCGGCUGAUCAAGAGGGGUACUCGGCAGCACUUGAGGAGUUGUCGUCGAAGAUUGCGGCCUUUAAAGCUGACGGAGGACGAUUGAAAAGUCAAAUUACCGAUGUGAACUCCCUCCCUCCAAUUUCCUAUGAUAAUGAACAGUGCCGCACACAGGGCGAAUUGGGCAAUCGCCCUGGGGUCCAGGUUCACUGGCCUCCCGGGAGAGCCCAUGGUCCCUUAGUAGCCGCGUGA